UGUGUACAGGAUUAUCGGGAGGCCAUGUUGGAUUUAGAGGAUCUGCUGGUUUGAACCAAACCCCAGUGAUGGACCCCCGUUACAGUGCCCAAGACAUCCUCCUUUGUGACCUGUGUCAAACCGCUGGAUUACAGAGUCAUUGUGAAAUUUGUCAGAUUAACCUGUGUAAGGCCUGUGUAGGGGAACAUCUCUCUGAUUCAUCUAAAAGACACAAAGUUGUACCAUACAAACACAGAAAAUCUACUCCUAAUGUUUACUACCCAAAAUGUCCAAACCACACCCAGAAACAUUGUGAACUUUACUGUGAGAAAUGUGACAUUCCUGUCUGUUCUACCUGCAUCUCCUCUGGGAAACAUAAAGGGCACGAUUUAUCUGAUGCUCUGCAGAAAAUAAGUUCAAAAACAAAAUUUUUAGAAAAUGACUUGGAAGAUCUAGAGAAAAGAAUCUAUCCAACAUUUGAGGAAAUUACUUCAGAUUUAAGAUCUGAAAAAGUCAACUCGGAAAAACAUUAUGAGAAACUGACAACAGCUGUCACCAAACAUGGAGAAAACUGGCACAGAGAAAUUAACAUCAUUGUCAACAAACAGAAAUCUGAAAUUGAUGAGAUGAAAUCUAAACACCUGGCUGUUCUAAAUAAACAGGAAAAAGAAAUCAAACAGAUUACUUCUGAUGUAAGAGAAUGCAUUCUUGAUCUGAAGAAAAUGUUGGACUCCAAUGAUGUCUCCCUAACCUCUGCAUACAAAUCCAGGAAUACUGAAUUCAGAAAUUUACCUCCUAAAGUCAAUGUUUCACUACCAACUUUUUCUCCACAUCAGAUUAACACAGAACAACUCCAUCAAAUGUUUGGUUCUCUGUCAGCAUUCUCCAUUACAACAGAAGAACAUGGCUACACAAUGAAGACACCAGAAGCUGUAUCCUGUCCUCCAGUCAAACCACUGCUUGAUGAACCAGAGCUCAUCACCACCAUAGACACUGACUUUAUACCACUACACAGUGUUACCUGUGUCAGUGAUGAAGAAAUCUGGACACGUGGAAAUGACAAAAUCAUGAAACUCUACAACCUCCAGGGCAAUCUACUGAAGUCAAUCCAAACCGAGUUUGGGAACAUACCACGUGACAUAGCAGUGACAAGGAGUGGAGAUCUAGUUUAUACUGACCAUGAUACAAGAACUGUAAACAUAGUGAAGAAUGACCAGAAACAGGAAGUGAUCAGUCUAUGGAGGUGGAGACCUUACUAUAUCUGUAGUACCUCCUCUGGUGACCUCCUGGUUACCAUGGUCAGUGAUGAUGGUGAACAAUCAAAAGUUGUCCGUUACUCUGGCUCCGAAAAGAAACAAACCAUCCAGUUUGAUAGUGAAGGUAAACCUUUAUAUUUAUCUGGUGACCCUAAAUACAUCAGUGAGAACAGGAACCUGGAUAUCUGUGUAGCUGACAGUGGAGCCCGUGCUGUAGUGGUGGUUAAUCAGGCAGGAAAACUCCGAUUUAGAUACACUGGUCAUCCCUCUACUAACAACGGAUUAUUUAAUCCAUACGGCAUCACAACAGACAGCCAGAGUCAGAUCCUGACAUCAGACUUGUACUGUAUCCACAUCCUAGAUCAGGACGGACAGUUCCUCCGUUACAUUGAUAACUGUGAUCUACAGUAUCCAUGGGGUAUAUGUGUAGACACCAGAGACAACCUUUUUGUGGCUGAGUAUCUCAGUGGUAAAGUGAAGAAAAUCAAAUACAUGUAAACAAUGUGUAAACAUUAAUUGUUUGUAUCCGAGAUAAUUUCUGUGACAGAGCGAAAUAAGAUUGUGAAUAUUAAUUCAAGUAUUGUGAAUUGCAUUAAAAUGUUAAAAAAAAAUUGUUACAAAGGAGCUAAAACUUAAUUAUGGUUAUGUUAACAGAAAUCAGACCUGUAUGAUAUGAAAUCUGAUGACGAAAAAAACUCUUUUCAUAUCUCAACAUAUUCAAAUAAAACAGUGAAAUUUUAUAUGCAUGUAAAUGUAUUAAAUUCAUGAGUAAAACAAAAAUUAAACCACAGAUCUCCAUU